AUGCAGAAUUUGCGCCAAGCCAGACCACCCGACAGACUCAUGUCCGAUUUUACAGGAGGAUUCAGCGGAACAAACGAAUACUGUCGGGAACUUUCCAGGACCGCCCCAAAGACGAGGCCACCGCAGAAUCAACAGAUGCCACCCCCAAAGUCAUCCUUGGAAGCCAUAGUGGAAAGGUUAGCCAAUAGUAUUGAGAAAUUCCAACAAAAAACUGACAUGCAUUUGCAGGAGUUGGAUAAGCAAGUAAGCAAACUCGCGCUCACGGUUAACCGUUUGGAGUCCCAAGGUAAGCUGCCAUCCCAGACUGAGCCAAAUCCACGACAUAAUGCAAGUGCUAUGACGCUAAGGAGUGGGAAGGUUUUGGAGCCCGUACCUGACACAAGUCGCGGCCACGACACUAGUCACGCCCACGAUGCAAGUCAAGAUAAGGAGAAACUUGACACAGAGGCUCCAGUAGAGUCGGCACCACAAAAGUCAUUUGUAGUACCACCUCCGUUUCCCGGACGACUUGUCCAAUGUAAGAAGGAGCGAGACGAGAAGGAGAUCCUCGACACUUUCCAAAAGGUAAAAAUCAACAUACCUCUCCUCGACGUGAUCAAACAGAUCCCACGAUACGCCAAAUUCUUAAAAGAAUUAUGCAUAAGUAAAAGGAAACUUUUGGGAAAUGAAAAGGAAACAGGUGUGAUAAUCCAGCUUACAGAUAGAUCUGUGGUACAUCCGGAGGGAGUAUUAGAGGACGUUCUUGUCAAGGUAAGCGAAUUAAUAUUUCCUGCAGACUUCUAUAUUAUCGACAUGGAGGAUGAAAAUUCGGAAAAUUCAUCCGACAUACUCCUCGGGAGACCAUUUUUGAGUACCGCUCAAACAAAGAUUGAUGUACGAAGUGGAAUACUCACUAUGGAGUUCGAUGGAGAGGUGGUGAAAUUUAAUGUCUAUGAGGCCAUGAAUCAUCCCAGCGUGAUUUCUAACGUUUCUAACAUUGAUAUAAUUGAUCCCUUAACUGAAUUAUGCUUAGAAUAUCACGAUGAGGAUGAAUUACAAACCGUUCUAUGCAGAAGUCUGGACUUAGACGUCAUUAAGGAACUGGAAGAAUGGAUAAGCUUUGAAGAUUAG